AGUAAUUACAGUAUUAGGAGGAAAAGAAACCCUUUUUUGGGGGUGGCCUUUGAAGUGUAACAUGAUUCAGAGGGGUUUCAGUUUUUCAGUCCUUUUGAGGAGCCAGCAGAAAAUGACAAAUUUUAAUUGCUCUGUUUACAAUGAGGCUGUGGAAAUCGCCAUGAACAUCCUACUAAUUUUGGAAUUUUUACUGGGACUCACAAGCAAUGCUAUUGCUCUGUGGACAUUCUACUUCCGUUUGAAAAUUUGGAAGCCACACGCUGUCUACUUGCUCAACCUGGUUAUCGCAGAUGUCUUGCUGAACAUUUGCCUGCCGUUUCGACUGGUGCUUGCUCUCAGGUUUAGCACUAUAGAGAAAUGGGAUUAUAGAAAUCUACUCUGUUCAGUAAUACUCUUCGCACUGUCUCUUUCCCAAGCUGUCUCCAUCGCAUUCCUCACUGCUGUGGCUCUGGAUCGCUAUUUCCGGGUUGUCCACCCUAACAAUAAAACCAGCUUUCUCACAGCCAGGAAUGCUAGAGUCAUUGCUUGCUUGGUUUGGCUUUUAGCAAUUGGAUUGACUGUUGAGAUCCUGGUUGCUCCUCGACCCAAAAACUCUACUGAGUGCCGCAGUUUCACCCUACAAGGAGAGGCCAAUUUCUACAGCAUCUGGCAUGUCAUCAUAUUCUUUUUGGAGUUUCUCGUUCCCUUUGGCCUCAUUUUGUUUUGCACAGUUGGCAUCAUCAGGAAGCUGAAGAAGAGCCCUCGUGAUUUGAGCAGUCAACCUAAGCUGCGGAAAGCCAUGUUGUUAGUGAUUGCAGUGGUGGUGGUGUUCGGAGUUUGCUUCCUGCCUAGCGUGUUGGGCAGAGUGCUUGUGUAUAUUCUCCAAAGCUUUGAAAGUUGUGCAGCGUUUCGUUUUGCUGUGAAUGUAUUUGAUGUUACUAUCUGCUGGACCUAUCUCAACAGUGCUUUGGACCCCAUCGUGUACUGCUUCUCAAGCCCGACUUUUCGAAGUUCCUAUAGAAAGAUCUUUAACUCUCUAAGGGUGAGAAGAAAUGAAGUGGAACCUCAGACCUUGGACAUUUCCAAAGAUUCUGAAAGUUGAAGCCAUUGGAAAGAGUCUGAUAAUCUCUAAUGUUUAUGCCAGGCUGGAAAGGAAACUUUUCCCCCCCCACGUUACCAUGUCUUAUCGUGCAAAUGAAGGGUCGGUCAGAACUCAGCUGUUCUAAAUCCUUUCAUUCCAUUGGGCUGGAAUUCUAGUAAGUCAAAAACCUAGAUGUAACAUUAGGUGAUGUAUAUCAGUGUAGCUCCAUUGACUUAAGUGGAGAUAUGCCAAUUUAUGUCAGCAGAGGAUCUGAUUCUAUUUCUUUUUACAAAAUCUGCAGUCUUAGGGCCCCAAUCUUGCUCCCACUAAAGUCAAUAGUAAAACUCCUACUGACUCCAGUGGAAGUAGGGGAUACUGUCUUAAAUCAGUUUAAAAUUGUGAUCUAUACAAAAGCCAAAUAGAUUCUCCAACACUUAAAAUUAUUUUCUUAUGCUUAGCUGUACCUAAUAUAAAGAUUAACAUUUUAAAAAUGAAGCUUUACAAGCAGUUGUUCCUUAUACGUUGAUUGAAACUUGAAUUUAGAUUAUAAAUAAUACUGUCCAAACUAGCCAUGUUCUGUUCCUUCAUGUACAUGUGAGGCACUAUUGUUUUAUUUUUGCAGGGGUGGGCAAACUACGGCCCGCGAGCUGUCUUAAGCUGACCCGCAAGCUCCGGCCGGGGAGCGGGGUCUGGGGCUUGCCCCACUCCGGUGCUCCAGCCGGGGCGCUGGGUUGGGGCCACACCAUGUAGCAUGGCCACGCUCCGGCGCU